GCCCAGCCUGGCCCCAGCCUCUGUGAUUCUCUUGCCCCAGCAGCCGCCCACCAAGCCCGCAGACAGCCAGGUCACCAGCGAUGCCCCCACAGCCGAGGGGUCCCAGGCAGAGGGCCAUGCCGUGCCAGAGGGCAGAGAAGGAAGCCGGCUUUGAGGGAGGGGAGGACAGGGACGACAGCUUCCUCCUGCUGCAGCAGUCUGUGACUCUGGGCAGCUUGACCGAUGUGGACCAGCUCAUCGCCAAGAUCGGUGAGACGCUGAAGCUGGACGCUCGCGAUGGCCCUGCCUCGCCUAGUGCUGCCCCGGGCCCCCCGCCCCUGCGGGUCCUGGCUGCGAUCUCAGUGGAACAGAACCAGUCCCCGGCGAGGCAGAUGCUGCGAUCUUCUGUGCCUGCGGAAACCGGGGCCCCAGCUCACCCUGGAGCCAUUCACUGCAUGCUGUGGGAGCCCGGGCUCGUGCGGAGCCAGGCAGCUCCCUACUGCGUGGAGGAGCUCACCGCAGCGCCAGC